GUACAAGCAAGAUGUUGCAGGGUUUAUCCACAAAACUAUGCAGGAUGAUCAUGAAGGUUUUCGACAUCAAACCCCGUCUCAAGAUAACUGCAAUCCAAUUGAGGUUAAUAAGGCUAUAGAACUUGAAUAUGGGUGGUUUAAUUUGGUGGAUAACAUUUUGGAAUGGGAGAAUUUUACAGCCGCCGAAAAGGGUUCAACAAUUCUUUUAAGGAGGAAUAUUGAGUCACUUCUUCCAAGAUAUCUGGAGCAGGGACUACACCACAUGGGUCAAUUUUAUCAAUUUGGUUUAAGUGGAAGCCCAGCUUGGUUCAAUCCUAGAGUCGGGUCCUCCGUUUCAACCCAGCUGCCUAAAACUCUCUACAAAAAUAAGAAAUGGAUGGGAGUUGCUCUAUGUGUGUCAAUUUCAGUACUGGACUGGCAUAAAGUAAAAGGGGGUUAUAAAGUUUCUUGUCAAGUAAAUUCGGGCAAUUUUCAUAUAGAGUUGUCCCUAUGCUCGACCAAUUUUAUGUGUGAUAAAAGUCAACUUUGGAUUAUUUACAUACCGAAGGCAGAGUUGCCGGAAUGGUUCACUCGAUCAAGUUCAAGAAGCACUUUGUUCGGAAUUGACAACUCUGCCGUUGAGGUUCAAGUGUGCGGGUACCGUGUUUUUUACCGGCAAGAUUUAAAAGGAUUUGUACAGACAAUCAUCCAGUGCAUAUUGCGUAGCUCUGACACCACCCUCUUUGAAAAGUAUAAUAAAAAAAUGGUAGAAGAUUGGCUAACUUUGGUAAGAUGGCAAGGUCUUAAAAUUGAUAGAGAACUCAGUAGACAAUUCAGUUCCUCGCAGCAUGAAAGAGAGCUGUUUCAGUUGAUCUUGAGCCAUUACAGGAAUCAGGUCUCUCUCUCUCUCUCUCUCUCUCUCUCUCUCUCAUAUAAAUCUCACAUAUGUAACUGUGAUUUACAGGACUGGUCUGUGGCUGAGUGUACAUGUAGGUUCCCUGGAAUUGAAAUUCCCAAGUGGUUCGUGCAUUUGAAUAAAGGCGGUUCUGCACAGAUACAACUACCUCCAAAUUUGUUCGAUGAUGCUAACUGGAUGGGUAUUGCUGCAUGUUCUUAUGCCUCGAUCCACGAACAUCCAACCGUCAUUCUUGACACUCCGGAUUCAGAGUUUAGUCGUGCACUGUAUUGCUAUCUGGACACCAAUCUCCCUAAUGUCAGACUCCAUGGUUUAGAGCAUACAAACAAAGCCUUGUGGUUGCAUGCUUGCAACUUCACUUGGUUUACGUAUGCACCACGUGCUAAAUUUUCUGGUUCGCUGAAUCAAUGCAAUCUAGUCAGGGCAACUUUUGGGUCCAAUAGCCCAGGCUUAGGACUGCAUCAAUGUGGUCUUCGUCUAGUGUUUAAGGAGGAUGUGGAAGAUCUCGUACAAACUUUGACCCUCUGCCGAUUAUCUGCCAAAUGUUAUCAUUCGGAACAAGCAAGGCAGGGUAAUUAAAAUUGGUAUAGUACAAGACAUGUUGAUCAUCUGAUUCUCAAGUGCUAGGGCAAGCAUGCAUGUUACAACUUGUAAAGCCUUUUGUCUUUUUUUCAUUGGAUCAAUUUUGUCAACUUUUGUGGGAAGUUAUUUCCUUCAGUUGUGGGGUUUUGUUGCUCAAUGGGGUGUCUUCUUCCUUGUGAAGGUUUGAAACCAUGCCGACCUGAUUCACUUGGGUUCUUUUUAAUUUUUUUUUUUGGGAAAGCUUGAUGGUACGAGAGGAAUUUUAUUGAUAAAGAAAAAAGAAGUUACACUUAGUUAGGAGGGACAUAAACCAAACCCCUCAUAGUACAAGGAAAAAAAAA